AGAGGCGUUCAUUCUUUGAAGUUCCUUAUUCACUGUCCAGCGGUCACACGCGUGUGAGGCCAUUUCCUCCCUGGACCAAGAUGACUGAUAGGAAGCUGUCUACCUCUCCCAAUGGCGUUGCCUUGAUGGGUAUUGUGGCUGGUCAGCCAGGAAACCACCUCCCCAGCCCUCUGAGCGUGCGCCUCAAGGCCUCCCAGUCCCUUUCUCUGCCUGAGCAUGGCCCCCAGCUACUGCAUGAUGCCACACAGGACUGCUGCAGCCUGGCCUCGGUGGACUCGGGGAUCCCCACGCUGGAGAUCAGCAACCCAGAGCCCGUGGCCUGCAGCGCCGUUCACACUGGACGGCCACUGGCCCCAACUGGCCCCGAGCGGGCUUCCCAGAGCACCUGCGCCCUGCCAUCCUGCACGCUGCUGGGACCCGAGGGCGCUGAGCGGGAGCCAGGGGUGCGCAAGUCCUCCACCUUCCCCAGGACUGGCUACGAUGCUGUGCGGCUCUGCAGCCCGCCUUCCCUGGCCCUGGGCCGCAGCGAUGAUGCUUCUGUCUGCAGUGGGUCCAGCCUGGGCACGGAGCUCAGCACCGAGGACCUCCUCGACCUGGUCACCAGCAGCUCCAGUGCCAUCGUGGCCCUAGAGAACGACGACAACCCCCCCUUCAUCGAUGUCACCCUGGGCUCCGCCAGGGAGGCGGGCAGCCCCACCCAGCGCGAUAGCACCCAGGGGCCUGUGGAGGGCCGCAGCAGGGCCAGAUUCCUGGGGCCACUCGGCCACUUCUUGGCCAGGAAUUUGCUUACUAGAAAACAAAGUACAAGACUUGACAAACAAAAUGACUUGGGAUGGAAGUUAUUUGGAAAAGUGCCGCUCCAAGAGAAUGCUCAGAAAGAGUCCAAGAAAACCCCACAGGAAAAUGAAGCCCAGGCUGGACGACCCAGCAGGCCGCCCUCCCCCAGGCAGAGUGUGAGGAAGAGCCUGGACGUCGAGCCCCUCUCCACCACCGCCCUCAUCCUGGAGGACCGCCCCGCCAACCUCCCUGCAAAGCCGGCCCAGGAGGCCCAGCGGCACCGGCAGCAGUACGAGGAGAUGGUGGUCCAGGCCAAGAAGCGAGAGCUAAAGGAGGCCCAGCGGCGGCGGAGGCAGCUGGAGGAGCGGUGCCGGCUGGAGGAGAGCAUCGGGAAUGCGGUGCUCACCUGGAACAACGAGAUCCUGCCCAACUGGGACACCAUGUGGAGCGCUAGAAAGGUCCGGGACCUCUGGUGGCAGGGCAUCCCGCCCAGUGUGCGCGGCCGUGUCUGGAGCCUGGCCAUCGGCAACGAGCUCAACAUCACCCACGAGCUCUUUGACAUCUGCCUGGCCCGAGCCAAGGAGCGCUGGCGGUCCCUGAGCACUGGGGGCCCGGACACGGAGAGCGAAGAUGCCGGCUUCCCAGCGGCUGACCGAGAAGCCAGCCUGGAGCUGAUCAAGCUGGACAUCUCCAGAACAUUCCCCAGCCUGUGCAUCUUCCAGCAGGGCGGCCCGUACCACGACAUGCUGCACAGUGUCCUGGGGGCUUACACUUGUUAUCGGCCGGACGUGGGCUACGUCCAGGGCAUGUCCUUCAUCGCCGCUGUGUUGAUCCUGAACCUGGACACGGCAGACGCCUUCAUCGCCUUCUCAAACCUCCUGAAUAAGCCCUGCCAGAUGGCGUUCUUCCGGGUGGACCACGGCCUCAUGUUGACGUAUUUUGCUGCAUUUGAGGUAUUCUUCGAAGAAAACUUGCCCAAACUAUUCGCCCAUUUCAAGAAAAACAACCUAACUCCAGACAUCUACCUAAUUGAUUGGAUCUUCACCCUGUACAGCAGGUCCCUGCCGCUCGACCUGGCGUGCCGCGUGUGGGACGUGUUCUGCCGGGACGGCGAAGAGUUCCUGUUCCGCACCGCGCUGGGCCUGCUGCGGCUCUUCCAGGACGUGCUGGCCAGCAUGGACUUCAUCCACAUGGCCCAGUUCCUCACCCGCCUGCCCGACCAGCUGCCGCCCGACCAGCUCUUCGCCGCCAUCGCCACAGUCCAGAUGCAGAGCCGCAGCAGGAAGUGGGCCCAGAUGCCCACCCUGUGUCUGUUAGAGGUCUCCAGCCCUUUGUCCUUGGCCUCUGUGGUCCAGCCAUGGCCUCACACGGCCAUCGGGGCUGAGCAGCUGUACUGA